AUGAGCUCUUCUUCUUCCUCUAAAUUGGCUUCUCCUCCGGCCUCUCCUGAGCAUGACAUCCCUCCACUCAUCACCAUUCCGGCUCCUGCAUCUCAAAUUCAGGUGAUCAACAUCAAGACCCAUGUUCCCAUGGUUCUUGAGUUCGACGCUGGCAACUACGGUCAGUGGCGCCUCUGCUUCCUCGCCGUCUUCGCCAAGUUUGGCCUCCUCGACCACAUCAACUCCACCAACGUCCAAGGCACAUCUGAUUGGGUGCGGAACGACUACUCCAUCAUUUCUUGGCUCUACUGCACCACCGAUCUGCUUCGCACCGUCCAAACCGUGAUGGACAUGGCCUACUCCCUGUGGCGUUCCAUCCGCGGCCUCUUCCGCGACAACAAGGUCAUGCGUUCCGUGUACCUUGGCGCCGAGUUCAGGAACAUCUACCAAGGCGACCUGCCCGUGAUGGCCUACUGCACCAAAGUGAAGCUGCUCGCCGAUCAACUACAUGAUCUCGAGUCGCCAGUUUCUGAUCCGGAUCUCGUCAUCACUCUUCUGCGCGGCCUAAACCCUCGCCUGCAACAUGUCAUCCCCGGCCUCACCGUCAACAAGCUGCCUUCGUUCCUCAAGGUUCGAUCCCAUCUUCUUCUUGAGGAACAUCGUCUUGACAAUGCUGCCAAGAUGGCCCAAGCUGCCGCCUCCUUCGCCAGCCAGCAGGCCGCUGGUGGUUCGACGCCCGACGUCGCGCCGUCGGCCCCUCUUAGCCUCACCACGUAG